UUAAUACUAUGAGCUCUGCCCUCUUGCCGCAGCAACCGAGGCAAAGGACAGAAUCCGGACGAAGGAGUGGAUGCCCCAUAUAAACGUGUGCUGGAGCGGACACUUGCUCUCAAACGAAGACACUGCGUUGGCUUGCAUCAUCUUCUGUGCUGCAGUUCGGAAAACGAAACUAGCUGCUCGCGCCGAGAAAAGACACAACGAAGCAGAGAGGGCCCGAUCGGCGUUCGAGUCGCCUCACCGCUGGGUCAUCAUCAACAACCAUCGUCGUUGUGUCCAAUCUACGUGUGCAUCCUCACGACGGCAAACAAAUAUCAACGAGUUCGGGACGGCAAUCGGCAGCUUUUUUCCUCCUCUGCCGCAGCCCGGAGGUUUGCUGCCCUGCAGAGUAUGCUAAAUAAUGAGCCAAAGGGACACAUUGGUUCAUUUGUUCGCCGGGGGAUGUGGGGGUACAGUGGGGGCUAUUUUGACGUGUCCUCUGGAAGUGGUGAAGACCAGACUGCAGUCCUCCUCAGUUACACUUUAUAUCUCCGAAGUCCAGCUCAGCACCGUAAACGGAGCCAGCGUCGCCCGUGUCGCUCCACCGGGACCUCUUCACUGUCUCAAGUUGAUUUUCGAGAAAGAGGGACUGCGAUCCCUCUUUAGAGGACUGGGACCUAACCUUGUGGGCGUGGCACCUUCAAGGGCGAUCUACUUUGCUGCCUAUUCAACAGCCAAGGAGAAGCUGAAUGGCGUGCUGGAGGCAGACUCCACCCAGGUGCACAUGGUGUCUGCUGGGAUGGCAGGGUUCACAGCCAUCACAGCCACCAACCCCAUUUGGCUGAUAAAGACCCGCAUGCAACUGGACUCCAGGAACCGGGGCGAACGCCGCAUGAACGCCUUUGACUGCGUUCGGAGGGUAUACCAGAUGGACGGCUUGCGAGGUUUUUACAAGGGCAUGUCGGCGUCAUACGCAGGCAUCUCCGAGACGGUUAUCCAUUUUGUCAUCUAUGAAAGCAUCAAACGUAAGCUGCUACAGUCGAGGGCUCAAACCAGCAUGGAAGGCGAGGAGGAGUCUGUUAAAGACGCCUCAGACUUUGUUGGCAUGAUGCUCGCUGCGGCCACUUCCAAGACCUGUGCCACCACCAUUGCAUAUCCCCACGAGGUCAUCCGCACAAGGCUACGAGAAGAGGGCACCAAGUACCGUUCCUUCUUCCAAACUCUGCUGACCGUACCCAAAGAGGAAGGUUACCGGGCGCUAUACCGCGGCCUCACCACGCACCUUGUCAGACAGAUUCCCAACACGGCCAUCAUGAUGUGCACCUAUGAAGUGGUUGUCUACCUGUUUGGCCGUUAGCUCCCAUGGCUCUGCUCCUUCCACUGUGUACAGACUCAAAAAAACCUAAGCCUUUUGCUGAGAAGUAAAUGAAGACCAAAGGAAAAGCGAAGAAGUUGAAAUGGACCAGAAAGUACAGCCAAGUUAUUUAUGAAACAACCCCUUGGUAUCAUUUCAACCUCUAGACUGCUAGUUCCUAUCCUGAGGUUAUCUGAAAAGAGAGAUUGCUGAAUGUUGCCUUGGAUAAGAGAUGUGUCGCCUGAACAAAAGGAGAACAGAGCACAAUUCAGUGGCCUUAAGUGUUGAUUCUACGAAUGAUAUGCGAAUCGCCGCUUUUCAUUCCUGUCGAGAACAUUUCGGAAGGGCGAAUGUUUGAACUGCAGUUUGCAGGAAAGGUGACAACAAAAUAUGUGCACGGUUUGGGAUUCGCAAAUCCUCUUAUUCAAAGAUUUUUUAGUUUUUGAAUUUAUUUUGUAAUUUCCCGAACCCAUUUGCUCUUUUUGUUCCCAUGUGCAGUGGUGUCUUGAGAAAGAGGGCAUAAAAAAUAUCCCCAUUAUUAUUAGACUGCAUUGUUUUUAAAUUGCAUGAUUUAAAGCCUCCACACUGAAAACUUUCUUUUAGUCAACAGAGGGUCUACAACAAAUGUGGACCAAUUUAAAAUGACACAAUGAACUACUACACCUCACCUCAGAAAUAGCCAAUUUGAAUUAUGAUCCGACAAGGUGUCUACAUCCUAGCCAUAUGCUAAUGUCCAUAAUCAGAAGAUUACAUUAUUGAGGCCAGAUUGCUGAAAAGUGAAUUGAGUUCAAUGUCACUUCAAUUUCUUGUCACAGCAAUAAAAUCCACCAAACGAUAGCCUUCCUCUCGAAAAACUCAAGACACCACUAUCUCGAAACCACCAUCAAGGUAAGGAGUUUAACGUAGAUAAAAGUAACGAGUUUGCUCUCGUCUCCUGUUGUCUUCAGGCAAUUACAGCACAAUCUAUCCCCCUAAUGGGGUGCCAUUUCCUUGCAGAUUUGAGAACAGGGUUCACUGUUGUAUUUUGAAGAAGAAAAAAAGAAAAACAAAAAAAUUAGCACUAUAUGCACAUGUAGUCCAGUUUAAGAGAGUUGUAAGAGUUGUUGAACGUUUGUCCAAGGUUCAAUGUCAGCGGAAUGGUUACUUUUUGAAGGAGUAUAUUGCUUUUAUCCCUACUCCCUUAUCUUUACACAUCAACGAUGACUUCAAAUAUUCCCCUUGAAGCACUGGAUCCCGCGGAAAUACAAAUACUACUUGAAAUGGUCAAUCACCUCGUAAAAGAUGGGGGGGGGGGGCUAAUUCAGACUUUCCUUUUCGUUUGGUUUUGUUUGGCUUUGCCUCUGUGAUCCAGUGCCUCGUCGUGACAUUAAGAUCUGAGUUCGAGGCCAAGUUGAAUUCUUUAUGAGUCAAAAAGUACCAAAAUGACCUGUCACCCAAAAUCAAAUGAGAAAAUAGUUUAUCCCGCCAGAACCCAAAUAGUGUAGAUGUCGUGUGUUUACCACAGGCAUCUGCAGCGUAGAAUCUGCAUGUGUAAUAAAUAUCUACUAAAAGAUUUCCCACCCUGACACUAACUUUUAAUUUAGCGAGAGAGUGCGACUGGGAGUGUGGAAGGUCCUCUGUGCAAAAUGCAGAGGUGCCAUUUCCUCUGCCGCCUCACUUCUUCCUUCCUUUGGCUUCCAUCCGAGCCCAUAACAUGCACUUUUGUGGCCUUUUUAAGGCUUGUGCUUUGCAUUUUAUUGUGUGGACACUUGAGUUGUGUACAUUGUAAAAGAAGACAAAAAUGUAUAUUAAAAAAAAAAAAAAAAGUAUUUUGCGCUACUGCUCUUAUAGCAAAUAUAUUGUACAGUAUUGAGUUCUCUGUAGUUGCGAUUCAUACCCUGUUUUGUGUGUGUGUGUGUGUGUAUAAUAAGAAUACUGUAUAUGCAUAUCGUUUUUUUCCCCCUCCCAAUUUUGUGCAAUUGACAUCAAUUGUGUUUGAAUGAUUUCUUUUCUUUUUUGUUUUUAACGCUAAGCAUUAAUACUUCAUGCUGCAGGGCAAUUACUUUCAGUCACAUUUUCAGCCGAUUUUGUUUUCAUGGGAGUAAUUUCUUUCUCAGUAAUGCUGGAAUGUCAUAAUUUGUGUUGUUUACAUACUUAUGUUGGAGUCUGAGCUAUAACGCUUAUUCGAAAGUGUUAUAUACAUUGUGAAUGUUGAAAAAGUUGUGUAAUUCCUUCAAAUUAAUUUAAGAUGUUCUAGGGAUGCGAAAACUGUUCUUCAAAAUGAUUAUCCUUAAUUAACCAGACCAUAUUCUCCCAUAGGUAAAAACAAAGUAGGCACGGCAUCAUGCAAAAAAAAAAAAGAAGCUUUUCUUCACUUCAUAGAUUGCCCAUAUCCCUUGAAAACAGAAAUGCAAGGAACCAAACUUAUUUAUGCAUGAUUUCCCGUGAGUACUAUUCAACAUUUACUGCAGUAUUGUUACAGAGGUGAGCAAAGCCCUUCAUUGUUACUUGGAAUUAUUUUUAAUUUUCUCUCUGCUGACAUGUGUUAGGGUUAACAGUUGCAAAGUUAACAACAGACAAAAAAAACCCUUUUUUUUUUCUUUUUUUUUUUUUUUAAACAUUCAUGUGUUCAUCAACGACACUAAUAGAGUUUGUCUUUUGCUCCGUUGUAGUAUAAUACUAUGAAGGUCAGUUAACAAAAUGUGACAUACACAAACUGGACACGUGAAUUUUCAUAUUUUAUUUGAAAUUCUGUUUCAUUUCCAUGUAUGCAAUUGAACGGUAUCACCUGUAUUUGUGGACAGGGUGCUAAAGAUGUUUUUUUUGGGGGGGGUAGCCCAAUCACUGUUUUUGUUUGUUUGUUUUUUGUUACUAAAACGAAAGAAAAUAAAGAUGAUUGUGAAAAGAAAA